AUGAUUCGGGAGAAGAAAGUGAAGACCAAGACGAGAACAGUGAAGAAGAGGAGGAGGAGGAGGAAGAAGAAAAUGAGGAGGAUGAGGGGAAGGAAACAGACGUGGAGUUCUAACUUGAGCAACGGUCACAUGAAGCGGUACUCCACAAGAAAUCAGCCAGUAGUAAGCGACAACGAAGAAGAUGAAAAUGAGGAGGAAGAGGGUUCGGACAGCGAAAAUGGCAGCGAGAAGAACUCCGACUCGAGCAACGAUUCGUUCUCAGCCACCGAAGACGUCUCAACCUCAGACAAUAGCUCCGACGAGAAGUCGAGGGAUAGUGACACGGACAAUAACAUGUCAGACGAUGCGCGUAACCAUCGAACGCGGUCUGACCGAUCAAGAGCGAGGUCCACAUCAAAGCGGAAGAACAGGAGGAGUACAACAAGUCCGGAGGCGAUAAGUCGACGAUCUAACCGAGUAAACACGAGAACGAGAGGACGCUUCAACUCCAGUGAUUCUGAAAUGGAGACUGUCGCGGUGACGAGCUCGAGCCGCAAGCCUAAGACUCGUAAUCAGGCAAAGCAGACUGUGAUUUAUAGGGACCUGGACGAGGAGAGCGAGAAUCAGUCGUACGACAGCGAGGAGGUAUCAGACGAUGCGGAGGAGGAUGUCGCGAAGACGGUGUCCAGUCGAGGGAGAGUGCGACGGUUGACUCAACGAGCGAGAUUAAGCAUUAUGGGAGAAUAG